AUGCUGGCAGUGGCCCUUAAGGGUUUGGUGGGCGAAGAUCUUGGGAGGUGGGGCGUUGAAUUUGUGGGCCCUGCACCUUGGCGUUCUGCCAAAAUGACAUUUUUUUACAAGCAAUUGACCCCUGCACGCCUGUGGGCCAUGCUGGUGGAAGAUGUUUCUCAAGGACUUCUUGCCUUUGCGGUUUCUACUCAAGAUGGAUUUACAGCCUACAUGUUCAUGAUGAACAUAGCUGUGCCAGCUUUGCGCAUUUGCUGGGCAUGGGCCUUCCACUAUAAAAUUGCUGGGGAGGUCAGGGAGUGGAUGCUACAAGAAGCUGUGGAUGCUGUUGCAGAAGGCAGGGCCGCCAGCCAAGGAGCAGGUGAAGCCGCUCCUUGCCAAUUCAAGAGGAGAUUUCAGAGGAGAAGAAAGGGCUGGACUGGACUGGAUUCAUCCAGUUUUAAGUAUCCGUUUCUGAACUGGAUGUCUUUGCAGAAUCUGGCCGAAGGAGAUGAUGUUGAUGGCCUUUCCUCGGAUCAGGUCACGGUGUGCAAAGGCUUGCUCUGGCUCGUCCUGGAAGAUGCCAAUGCCAUGAAGGGACUGGUGACGCUUUGGGAGCUUUGGAAGCAUCAAACUUUGAGGAUUGGAGGUUAUGGCCAUGGAACUGGUGAUCGUCGAAUUGGUGAUCCUGAGUGCCGAGCCUUGGCCCUUGGAAUCGGCCAGAUGCAACACCUCACGAACCUAGCGCUGCACAUUGCAAACAACAAGAUCGGCAAGGAUGGCUGCGAGAGUUUGGGUGAAGGCAUCUCCAAACUGCAGCAGCUCACCCACCUGUCCCUGGGCUUGAUGGACAGAUUGACCUGUCCUACCAAUCGUUUAAAUGGGAUGCUGUUUGUCAGACAAGCUUGGAGUUAG